AAAUAGUUGCAAAGCUGCGUAUCAAUUUGGACGUAGAACGCCGUGAUCCUGUAAGUUUUGCACAGACUCGAGCUGACUGAAUUGAAGGGAAAAGGAAAAGAGGCGAGUUAAUCCAACACAAGCCGCAACACUUGACACAGCGGCUACAAGAUCACAGAAAGUGGUGGAGAGAGAAGAAAAAAACGAAAGAUGCAGAGGUUUAGAGGGGUUUUACAAUCCAGAAAUUCACUUCAAAAACUUAGGUUUCUCGCUCCUCUUAGAACCUAUUUAGCUCAACCUAGUUACUCCCCCCAACAUGACCAUGUCGAAGAUCAGGUUUUGGUUGAAGGAAGAUCGAACUCAAGGGCAGCAAUUCUCAACAGACCUUCUUCACUCAAUGCCAUUUCCACUUCUAUGGCGGGUAGGCUUAAGAGAUUGUAUGAAUCAUGGGAAGAAAACUCUGAUCUUGGAUUUAUCAUAAUGAAGGGCAAUGGGAAAGCCUUCUGUUCUGGUGCUGAUGUUGUUAGCCUCUAUCAGCUGAUUAAUGAAGGGAAAGUUGAAGAAUGUAAGAGCUUUUUUAAUACAUUAUACAGAUUCGUAUACCUCAUGGGAACUUAUGUAAAGCCUCAUGUGGCUGUCUUGGAUGGCACCAUUAUGGGAGCUGGGGCUGGUAUCUCUUUUCCAGGAAUGUUCAGAGUGGCAACUGAUAGAACAGUAUAUUCUCAUCCAGAAACGCAACUCGGUUUCCAUCCUGAUGCCGGGGCCUCUUUUUUCCUUUCUCAUCUUCCUGGUUACCUAGGGGAGUACCUGGCUCUGACAGGAGAUAAGCUGAAUGGUGUUGAUAUGAUUGCCUGUGGUCUUGCUACUCAUUAUUGCAUGAAUGCGAGACUUCCUAUGAUUGAAGAGCGCCUUGCUAAAUUGAUGACAGAUGAUCCCUCUGUGGUAGAAAGUUCGCUUGCUCAAUAUGGUGACCUUGUCUACCCAGAUAAGAGCAGCGUUGUUUACAAAAUUGAAACAAUUGACAAAUGUUUCAGCCAUGAUACCGUUGAGGAGAUUUUUGAUGCUCUGGAAAAAGAGGCAGCUAAUUCCGUUGAUGAAUGGUGCAAAGCUACCCUGAAGAAACUAAAAGAAGCCUCUCCAUUAAGCUUGAAAAUCGCUCUACGAUCUAUCCGUGAUGGGAGAUUUCAACCUAUUGACAAAUGUCUAGCACGGGAAUACAGAAUAUCUGUUAAUUGCAUAUCCAAAAGAGUUUCUGGUGACUUCAGUGAGGGUGUUAGGGCACGCUUAGUCGAUAAAGACUUUGCUCCUAAAUGGGAUCCUCCUAGACUAGAAGACGUAAGCAAGGACAUGGUUGAUUGCUUUUUCUCACCACUUGGUGAAUACGAGCCUGAACUUGACCUGCCUACAUCAUCGCGAGAACCAGAUAUGUGAUUGCACUAUUCUUCCGCAUUCCCGGAGUUUUGUAGCAUCGAUAAUUUACUUUAGGAUAGGGUGUUCCCUAGUUAGUUUUUUCGUGUACAACAAAUUGGAGUAAUAUUCCCAAUAUGACAUGAUUGACUCUUUGCACACAGUUGAAUCUGUUCUCAGGUGUGGCUGAGAUGAGAAUAUCAGUAGUUGUUCAAAUUGCUGUCUUGUUUAUCAAAAUCCUUUUCAGAGUUCAAUAAUUAUGACGGAAUACUACUCUCUGUUA